UUAUUGCAGUAUCGGGUUAGUCAAGGCAAUGAAUGGUGUGAUUUUUGCAAGAUUUAUAUAUCAAACAAUCCUUUGAGUAUUAGAAACCAUGAACUUGGCGUGCGUGAUAAAGAGUGUGUUACCAAAAAGCUUGCGGCUAUGAGAGUAGAUAAUGCUGCUAAAGAGAAGCAGCAGAAGGAAGCAGCUCAUGCUUUUCAACAAAUUGAAGCUAAAGCUAAGCAUAGCUAUCAGAAAGAUAUAUCGACUUUUGAGGGCGCCAGCAAUUGUCGCGCAUUAGAUUUUCAAGAGGAAAAUCUGACAUGAAUGGGGGAAUUUAGGGCUGGCACGCGGCCAGCGGAGGUUCAAUUAAGGAAGCAAAAAAUGCUGCUCAAAAUAGGUCUGCACGCGGUCCAGUGGUUUCAGGUUCCUUUCAACUCUUUGAGAUCGGUUUAAAGGUGCUACUUCAGCAGUUGCUGUGACCGAGAUAAAGAUGCAGGAUCAGAAGCCGGAGGUUAUAUCUGAAG